AUGCUUCUGGAGCAUCAAAAGCAGCAGAAUGAGAGUGCACAGUAUGUACAGGGGGCUCUCAGAGGUCUUCAUGAAAACUUCAAACCCUACACCCCGCUUCAGUCUGGUCCAAAAACAGGAACUUGUUACUCCAGAAAAAGCUUGAUUAAGUUUGAGUUGGCCUGUUUGGAUAAACUCUGCCCAGAGACCAAAUCUCUGAUCCCAAGCCUGGAGGAGCGGUUUGAAGAUGAUAUCCAGACAAAGGGUAUCUUUCAAUAUUAA